AUGAUACGGGGCUGGGAUGUGGUAGAUAGAGAGACUUUUUUAACAAACUCUCCUAUAUCCAAAGAAGAGGAAUGGAUAACGAAGCGAAAGACGGAGCUGACGACAACUAGACAGAUCGAGACGCGUGUGAAGCGACAGGUGAAGCUGCAGGAUGGCAAAGUGAUUGAGGACUCGGGUCCAAUAGUCUCCACAAAUACAACCGAGGAUACGGACAAGCAGGAAACGGAGACCUCGGAGAAACGUGACUUGGGGCUGCCCGAUGAUUUGGAUGGCGAUGCCCAGCUGAUCGAUGCAGCAGCGCUGCAAGCGGGCGCUGCCAACGAGACACAGCUUGCCCAGCUGCAGGAGGCGUUCGGCAUCGAUGGCGGCAAGUUGGUCAAGCGCAUGGUGCCGCGUCCCAGCGACGGCUUGGUGCGCCAAGUGGACGACAAACGGGUCAUAUCGCACGAGGAGAUCAAGGACUACCUGGAGACGGAGGAUGUCAGGCACCUGGGCGACAUCACAGACGAGGCCUACGUGAAGGCCGUUCGUGACGGUGUCGAGGAUCUAGAGGCGGUGCUCUGCUCGCCAGAGAGUCAGAAGCAGCUGGUGGCGCUCGGGCCGCAGCUGGUGGCGAAUACGAGCCGAUCGCGCAAGACCAUCGAUUCGGAGGACACGCAGAAGCGUUGCCUGGCCCAGGAGGACGGCACACUGGUGACCGAAAGUAAGCGCACCACCCAGCACGAGCUAAUACUCGACGGCGACGAGGAACCCGAUCAGCUAACGGGCCAGCUGCUGGGCAAUGAGCAGCUGACCACGACGGCGGCGAAUCAGCGAUUCUUCAAGCAGCGGGACGAACAGCAUGUGGAUCUGAUAGCCGACGGCAAACUGGUGGCCACCGAGAUGCGCUACGCGGCGGAGACAACGCAAAUGGAAAAGGAUGGCUCGCUGGAGCGGCCGGGCGACUGGGACAGCCUCUCGGAUCGCAUGCGCAAGCUGCGCCGCACACAGCAGCAGCAGCAGCAGAAAGAGGUCGCCCUGCUCGCAGAUCGCAAAGAUGCGCUGACCAAGCGACCCCUCGACUUCGAUCGCGAGGAGGAGACGCGCAAGGGCGAGACCAUGAAAUGGCUCGAGUCACACUUUGGCAGCGAGUCGACGGCCUCGAAUGACUCACGCGACGACGAGGCCAACGAGCUGGAUGUGGAGCCCACCAAGAAGAGUUACUUCAACGUGACCAUCAAAUCGCAGAGCCAGCAGCCAACAGCAGCAGGAGGAGCAGCAGCAGCAGCAGCAGUUGCCGUUAGCAGCAAUCAAACGCUGCCGCGAACUGUAGACAGAGACAGAGACAGAGAAAGGGAAAGGGAAAGGGAGCGUGAGCGCGAAAGAGAGCGCGAACGGGAGCGAGAGCGAGAGCGCGAUCGCAGCACACUGGAGCGCAAGUAUGUGAAGGACGCUGGACGUGGUAAAUACUAUCAGGGCAUCUCGAACUGGUCGGAGCGGAAGGAGGCGCCCACGCUGAAUCACUUCUCGACGCAGGCCUUUCGCGAGGAUCUGCAGGAGACGAUACGCCGCAAGCAGCUGCAGGUGGCGCCCGACGUGCUGCCUCCGGGCAGCGAUAGCUACGUGAGCCGCGAGGACAUCUUGCAGCAGAAGCGCCAGAGUUUGUCCUCGCAGUUUCUGGCCAGAUCGGCGCGCGGAUCGCGGGAUGCGCUCGACGAUCUGGAUGCCAUACCCGGACCGGGACCCAUGCGCCCUGCAGCGCCACCAGUUGCUGUGGGCGUGGGCGUGGGCAUGGGCGUGUCACCGGGCAUUGGCGUUGUGCGCAACGAGGAGCCCACGCUGAAGCGGCCAGCGUAUGGGCAACUGCAUGGCCAUGGGCGCAGCAGCAGCAAUCCGGUUAGUCAGCUGCCAGUGAAUGGGCGUGGCAAGGGCGGCAGCACCCAGCUGGAGUUUGCCAUGAGCAGCAGCAGCAGCAAUCUGGGGCGGCCCACAGUGCCGCAGCGACGACGUGCCAUCGAGAAGAAGAUCGUGGAGCAUGGCCAUGCUGCCAGCAGCAUCAACAGCAUCAGCAUCAGCAACAGCAUCAACAGCAACAGCAACAUCAGCAACAGCAACAGAAGCCAGAACAACAACAACAACAACAACAACCACAAGCUGCUCUCAGCGAAUGCCCAAACGCAGUUGGAGCCGCCGCCCGACUACUCGCCGCCGCCGCGCAGUCGCAGCCGCAGUCGCAGCUCGUCGCCCCAGGUGGACUACAUGAUCGGCCGGCCCAGGCAGAUGGCAGCCAGUGUGCCAAUGGAGCCGCCGGUCUCCAGCACAAUGACGCUGAACCGCAAGCAGCAGCAGCGCACACGCUUUGCGCCCAGCUCCUCCAGCUAUCCGACGGGCAUCAAUGGCCACAGCUCCGUGUCCACCUCAAAUCUGUCCAGCGCCGGCGGUGGCACCAGCAAGCCCAGCAAGAUGGGCCAGGUCAUUGGGAACUCGCUGCGCAAGCUGGUCAGCAAGAUUCGUUCGGCGAGCGCGGAGCGCAAGUUUCGCAUGAAGAGCGCCGCGAGCAAAUCGCGCGAGCAGUCACCGAAUCCCAAUCAGGCGGCCGCCCAGCAGCUGACCACGUACCAGCAGUACAAUGUGAUUGACGGGCAUAUUGGCGGCAACAACAGCAACAGCAACAACAACAUCAACAACAGCAACGGCAACGGCAACGGUAACCACAAUGGGCAGCUGCGGCACAGCAGCAACGAGUCGGAGAGUUCGCUGCGCCAGGCAGCGAGCUUCAAGCGUGCCGAGUCCGCCGAGACGCAGUCGGUGAGUCCGCGCCAGCGCUACUAUCUGGGCGAGGAUCCCUAUUCGAGCACGCUCUACGGCAAGGAGAACAUCUACGAGCGGCAUGCGCACGGACGUGCCGCCGCACGGCAACCCAGGUAUCCGGAGGACGACUACUAUGACAGCCGAGCAGGAGCAGGAGCAGCAGGAGCAGGAGGCGCAGGCGCAGCAACAACAACCACAACGCUGGGUCGCUACCAGAAGCAUGGACAGCGCUUCAGUGGCUCCACGCCCAAUCUGCUGCAAAUGCAGCCCGACUUUAGGAACGCCCAGACGCUGCCGCGCAAGCUGCACGAGCCGGUCAACGCAUAUCGGCCACAGCCGCGCUACAAUCAGACGCUGGAGAAGAAGCCGCAGUACAUGACGACAGCAGCGGCAGCAGCAGCAACUCCGCAGCAGCAGCAGCAGCAGCAGCAAUUGGCGCCGCGUCAGCUUGGCCCCGCCUUGGAGCAGGGGCCCGCGAAGCCGGCGCGCACCUAUGCCAAGGUGUUGAAUCGCAGCAAGAGCUUCAAUGUGCACGGCAUGAAUGGCAGCAAUGAUCCUAGUCCCAUUUACAUUGAGAAGUUGACACGCAACAACUACUACAACAACAACAACAACAACAACAGCAGCAACGGCAACGGCAACAACAACAGCAAACAGGAGUCGCAACUGCAGGCCUACAAAUCGAAUCCGCAUCUCUACCAGGCCAAGGACAAUUCACUGAAGAGCGGCCUGAAGAGUCCAUCGAUUGUGAAUCUAAUAAGUCGCAGCCAAAAGGAUCUGACCAAGAUCGCGACCAGCAACGAGGACGAUCUCUAUGCCAUCGAGGACAACAACAACAAGAAGCAGCUCUAUCUGCGCAAUCUGCACCAGCAGGCGCCCGAUCUGUACCGCGUGCUGCACGGCGACGAGGCCGACUAUGCCGCAACGCGCCACAAAUAUCCUUUGCAGCCGAAGUACUCCCUCGACUCCCGCUCGCCGCCCACCGUCGAGCUGAACAAGGACACGGCGAGCAUUGUGCGACGCAGCAGCGAUGAGCACAAGCGGCAGCUCUAUGCCGACGAGCAGCAGCAGCAGCAGCAGCAGCACACGCACACACAUGCACAUGCACACACACACGUACACGCACACCCACAUCAUAUGCAUGCGGCUCAGCAGCAGCUGCGUCGCGGCUCUGGCGCCACCAUCAUUGAGCUGCGCCAGCGCAAGUGAACACUAUAUGUCUAUCUCUGUCUUUCACUUACUUUUCCUCUCUCGCUCUCUCUCUCUCUCUCUCGCUCUCUUUCACUCCCCCUUCC